GUCAAAAGAGCGUUUUCGUCCAAUAUGCGCAACGACCAACAAUCCCCUAAGGCGGAACCGACUCAACGCUACUCUCAAGCGUUGGCGGCUUAUACCCUUCGCCAGUUCUCGAUUGCCAACUCUCAGUUGGACGAGAAAAAUAAAUCCAAGCUCGCCAAGCUUCCUGGCUCCUAUUCUCGUGUCGUGAACGCGGAACGUCUCUCCUCUGUCCUUGGAUCCGGCAAUCGUAUCAGGGCUUGAGGGCAGAAAUGGCAUAUACGCGCUUAUCCAUCCACCCCUAUCCACCACAAACGACGAACCCCAAUCCCCUACUCCGCCGAUAUAAGCACGCACUUCAGGAAACCCAAACGUAUCCGUUCUCGAGUCUAUCGCGGGUCUGCAACGAGUGUGUAUGAUAGGAAUGGUGUCUGCGACAUAAGUCACAGGUUUUCGAAUGGACAUGUACAUAUGUUUUUGGUACUAGUCAGUGUAAAGAGCCCCUGCAGUCGACUCCUCUACUCCUC